AUGGAGGCAAUGGAGGCAGCGUUUUCCGGCGCCUUCAAGACCAAACGCCUAGUCUUCCGCGCCAUUGAGGAAACAGAGGCACACAAGGACUGGAUCUUCAAGAAUCUCUGGAACGACCCCGUCAACUUUGGUCUGGCCACUCCCUGUGUUUUCACCCCGCAGAGCCGAAAGGGCUUCAACAAGGAUUUCGAAAGCAUCAUGAAUAAUACCCUGGUUGCCGUCUUCAUCUGUCUCCCGGCACAAAAGGCCGGAGACCAAGGGGCCAAGCAAUCCGAUGAAGCCGACGAGAAAGGUGAAAAGACGGAAGACGAGGAAGACACCAAGAUUGGCAUGCUUGUUAUGAACAAGUUUGCCAACCUUACGUUCCGAAGGCGCACGGGCAUUGGUAUCCAGAUCAUCGAGGAGCACCAGAACAAGGGCUACGGCCGAGAGGCCAUCAAUUGGGCAGUGGACUGGGCCUUUACCUUUGGGGAUAUGCAUAGGGUCGAUAUUGGCACUGUAUCCUAUAACAAGAGGGCGGCGGCCUUGUACGAAAGUAUUGGCUUCAAGCCGGAAGGAGUCAAGAGAGAGACGGUCUUUAUGAACAGGCAGUGGUACGAUUUAAUUGACUUUGGCAUGUUGGUACAUGAAUGGGAAAAGUUGAGAGGACUGGAUGGGAGUGAACAUGGAAGAACGGAACUGGCCAAGUGA